GUGUGUUAGUUGUAGUAAAUGCGAUGGUAAAUACGAAUUACGAAUACUUAUUAUUCGAAAUUCAAUGCGUUGAGUUGAGGAAAACUUGAAAUUAUAUUUUCGCCUCGUUUAAUUACAUCCUCAUAAGGAAUAUAAUCAAUUUUCUGCAGUGAAGUUACGUGUUGUAUGCGGAUAAUCAUUCGUCAAUUGUGUUGGAAAAGUCUUUCCUCAGCUAUAUUGUGAAAUGUCUAAUCAACAGUACUGUUUGCGUUGGAAGAACCAUCAGCCGAAUUUCAUUUCGGUAUUCUCGUCUCUGCUGAGCAAUGAAACAUUGGUAGAUGUAACUUUGGCGGCGGAAGGUAAACAUCUUCAAGCUCACAAAGUGGUCUUAUCUGCAUGCAGCCCUUACUUUCAAGAGUUAUUCAGUAUCAAUCCUUGUCAACAUCCGAUCGUUAUUCUGAAAGAUAUAUCGUACAAUGAUCUGAAAGCCAUCGUUGAUUUUAUUUAUUUGGGUGAAAUAAACGUCCCUCAUGAUCAUCUGCAGUCCGUGAUUAAAACCGCCGAAUCGCUGAACAUUAAAGGUUUGAUAAAUAUGCCCAUUGCUACGUUACAAGCGGAAUUCCAAGCUGAAAAAAGAACCUCUACCGAUUUGCAGACUAGUUAUAGAAGAAAAAGACUGAAAAAACAUUCUACAGAAUCGUUCGGGUCUGCGUCCGGUAGUUCUAUCGAAGAAAUAGAGGUACUCGGUAUUGGUAGUUUGAAAAACGAGAGUUCCAUCGACAUCAAACUUCACAGCGUUUCAGAAUUCCCAAGUGACAGUCAAAACCAGCCAACUCCUGAAAUAGUCACUCCUGCUUGCGCUUCAGAAUUAAAUUUGAGCACAUCUCGGAUCAAAUCGGAAGAUAACGCAGGAGGCACAAGCGUAAUCACUGGAAUAAUAAAUAAACGUUACCGUUUACUAACCAGACAAUCGCAUAUUACGAAACAAGAUCCAGACGGAGACGAGAACAGCGAUAUCGAUUUACCACCUUCGCCUAAACGACCGCUUGGGAGACAGUAUUCUGAUCCUACCCCUCAACAAAACAUUACUUCUGAUUUAACGGAUAAAUCCGGUUUCCUCACCGUACCAACGUCGCAUUUAACGAAGCAAAAUUCUGAUUCAGCCUUACCAUCGAAAAGAGAAAGUUCGGACUCUUUUUCACUGGACGAAGAUCUAAAAAAUAGCGCCAUUUUACAACAGCCUCGAUCCAAUCAUUGUCCGAUGCUUCGACCUGGACCAGCAUUAGGAUGUAAUUUCUGUUGGAACACGAUCGACAAUCAUGGAAGAAUAUUACGUCGAAAAACAAAAUACCAUUGUCCCGAGUGUCGUACCAAUCUUUGUAUUGUUCCUUGCUUCCAAGAUUAUCAUACGAGAAAAGAAGACCUUGAUAAUGAAAACGAACACGCUAAAGAAAAUCAAAAGGAUUCGUUAGCCGAGGAUUCUUCGCUCCAACGAUCAACGUUACAGAAGUCAAAAACACCGUCGAGUUCAUCCGUGUGAAAUUUGUUGUGAAGUCUAGUCAAUUUGAAGUAUCUGUGAUAAUUUUGCGAAGGAAAAAGUGUUUUUUUAAAAACUUUCAUGUUGUAUCACUUUGAUUAAUUUUAUUGUACCUCGAAUACCCAAUUGAUCAAUAGUUUUAACGACGUUGACGAGUCGUUAUUAAUUAUUCGCAUCGAUUUUAUUAUUAGAGUGUUUGUUUAUUGGAAUAAUUUUUCGUUGUGGAUAGAAGUACUGUUAUGAAAUGUUCGUUAUCUUCAUGUAUAUAUAUUUUAUUUUUAAUUACAAGUAAUUAUGUUUACUA